GGCCUGUGCCCUCCUGUCUUCCUGCCCGCCGGGGCAUGGCAUGGCUGAUGGCAGCUUUCUCCGUCGGCACCGCCUUGAAUGCCAUCAAUUCCUCCACCACCAUGACUGAGCCCAAGUCAGUGUGCGUCUCAGUGGACGAGGUGGUCUCCAAUGGCACCGAGAACGCGGAGACCCAUCUGCUGAAUGGACACUUGAAAAAGGUGGACAACAGUCUGACGGAAGCUCAGCGUUUCUCCUCGUUGCCCCGGAGGGCGGCAGUGAACAUCGAAUUUAAGGAUCUGUCGUACUCCGUCCCGGAAGGACCGUGGUGGAGGAAGAAGGGGUACAAGACCCUCUUGAAAGGAAUCUCGGGGCGGUUCAGCAGCGGAGAGCUUGUUGCCAUCAUGGGUCCUUCUGGAGCCGGAAAAUCUACCCUCAUGAACAUCCUGGCAGGCUACAGAGAGACGGGGAUGAAGGGCACCGUCCUCAUCAACGGGCAGCCCCGAGACCUGCGCUGCUUCCGCAAGGUGUCCUGUUAUAUCAUGCAGGACGACAUGCUGCUCCCUCACCUCACCGUCCAGGAGGCCAUGAUGGUGUCAGCGCAUCUGAAACUUCAAGAGAAGGAUGAAGGGAGAAGGGAGAUGGUCAAGGAGAUUCUGACUGCCCUGGGUUUGCUGGCCUGUGCCAAUACCAGAACCGGCAGUCUGUCUGGGGGCCAGCGGAAGCGGCUUGCUAUUGCUCUGGAAUUGGUCAACAACCCACCUGUCAUGUUCUUCGACGAGCCUACCAGUGGCCUGGACAGUGCAUCUUGUUUCCAGGUGGUCUCCCUGAUGAAAGCAUUGGCUCAGGGAGGCCGGUCUAUCAUCUGCACCAUCCACCAGCCCAGUGCCAAGCUCUUUGAGCUCUUCGAUCAGCUUUAUGUUCUGAGCCAGGGACAAUGUGUAUAUCGGGGGAAAGUGUCCAGUUUAGUCCCUUACUUAAGGGAUUUGGGUUUGAACUGUCCAACCUACCACAACCCAGCAGACUUUGUCAUGGAAGUCGCCUCCGGCGAGUACGGUGACCAGAACAGUCGCCUGGUGCGAGCAGUGAGGGAGGGCAUGUGCGACACAGACUUCAAGCGAGACCUGGGGGGCGACCCUGACUUGAAUCCGUUCCUUUGGCACCGGCCCUCCGAAGAGGUAAAGCAAGCAAAACGAGUAAAGGGGUUGAGAAAGGACUCCGCCUCCACCGAAGGCUGCCACAGCUUCUCGGCCAGCUGCCUCACCCAGUUCUGCAUCCUCUUCAAGAGGACUUUUCUCAGCAUCAUGAGGGACUCGGUCCUGACACACUUGCGGAUCACAUCCCACAUUGGAAUUGGACUUCUCAUAGGCUUGCUAUAUUUAGGGAUUGGAAAUGAGGCUAAGAAAGUUCUUAGCAACUCUGGUUUCCUGUUCUUCUCCAUGUUGUUUCUCAUGUUCGCUGCUCUCAUGCCCACCGUCCUCACAUUUCCUCUUGAGAUGGGUGUUUUUCUGAGAGAACAUUUGAAUUAUUGGUACAGUCUGAAAGCCUACUACCUAGCCAAGACCAUGGCUGAUGUUCCCUUUCAGAUCAUGUUUCCCGUAGCCUAUUGCAGUAUUGUGUACUGGAUGACUUCCCAACCAUCCGAUGCUCUGCGCUUUGUCCUGUUUGCAGCUUUGGGGACGAUGACGUCACUGGUGGCUCAAUCUUUGGGUCUCCUGAUUGGCGCAGCAUCCACAUCAUUACAGGUGGCCACAUUUGUAGGUCCUGUUACAGCCAUCCCCGUCCUCCUUUUCUCAGGGUUUUUUGUCAGUUUUGACACAAUUCCAGCAUACCUGCAGUGGAUGUCCUACAUUUCCUAUGUCAGGUAUGGGUUUGAGGGUGUGAUUCUCUCCAUCUACGGCUUGGAUCGAGAAGAUCUUCACUGCGACCAAGAUGAAACCUGCCACUUUCAGAAGUCAGAGGCCAUCCUGCGAGAAUUGGAUGUGGAAAAUGCCAAACUUUACCUGGACUUUAUUGUACUUGGAAUCUUCUUCAUCUCCCUUCGCCUCAUUGCCUAUUUUGUCCUGAGGUACAAAAUCCGGGCCGAGAGGUAAAAGGACCCAAUUCCAGUAGGGAGAGAAGUAGACUUCGCUGUAGAAGGCACUUGUUAAAAUUGUCUCACAGGGGCAGGCCGGUGCCAGCUCCUCAGCAACUGUCCUGACCCAACUCCUAGAAACCAUAUUGGGUUUGUGGAUGUCUAGUGUUCAGCUAAUCAGUCCCGUUGGGCCGGGCCGCCCUCUCCUCCAUUGCCCUUUCUAGCUUUAACUAGGAAGAAGACAGAGAAGGGAAUUUUUACCAUGCAGAAUCAAAACUCCAACAUGGUGCACCUUGCAUGGUGAUGGGAAGUGGGGUGGGUUUUAUUUUUUUUCCCUCGUUUUUGCAAAGCCCUUCUUCGAUGAGAUGAACUUUUACUCUGGGAGUGGAAUUACACAGUGACCUUUCCACGAAAUGAUUCUGUUUUGAAGGGUCCCCUGCACCAUGUCAUAAACCAGGGGCCAGAUACAGAGUUGGGGGAAUUGUCCCUUGUAUUUUAUUAUUCAGAGUUUCAUCUUUCUAAGGUUUUCUGUCUCUUGGCAACUGUUUCUACAAGGAGUCACUUUCCAAGCUGCAAGUGUGAAGAUGUGUUAAUGCUCCCACAGAAGUGUCUUUUUAAUUCCAUGGGGAAACAUUAUUCAGGGCAAAGAAUGUAACUCUGACUGUCUAAAGGAUUCUGGCAUUUUAUUCAAUGAGCUGGUCUCACUUAGUCACAACUUGUCACUGGGUGGAAAAACACAAAUUCACGGUGAUGACUAUGAAUCUUUGAGCCACAUGCUUAAAACAAAUUAUGGAAAACACUGAGGAUCAAAUUUUUUUCAAAAUUUAGGGCUAUAAAGAUAGAACUUGGUUAGUUCCCUCCAAGUAUUUUAUCCUCCAGAGAGUUUACUUCUUAUUUCAACCACUAAACCUUCCUAGCAUCUAAAAGGAAAACCUGUUAUGGUCCAGUGUGCUGUCCUUCAGGUUGAUGGCUCUUUCUUUGUUCACCUUCUUCUACUUCAACUACCUCCAAUGCAACUAGAAAAAAAAAAGUUAGCUCUCAGAGGUCAGUCUCAUUGAAAACUGUGAAAGUUAAAUCUUGGAGACCCCGAUCACAUCCCUGCCUAAGGCAUUUACAUUAAACCAGGCAAGGUUUUACUACCCAGCAUUGGAUAUUCUCAUUUUGUCAGAAUCCUUAUGCAGGGUUGACACUUGAGGGGCAAGGAGAUGGGGGCAGUAAAGCUGGCCUGAUACCCAGCAAUGUAACCAGGGGUGAUGCCCUCCCUCGCCCAGCCCAGGACAGCAUCAAGUCAGAAUCCCAGCUGGGUGGCUUAGUAGCAGAACUCCUGUCCUGGCACAUUGUUUUGCAUCUUAGUCUUGCCCAUCAUCAGUGGGCAAGUUGGGCUCAGGCCCCUUUCUGAUCUCAGCUCACAGGCUGAGAUCAUUUCAUGUGCCAGUUCUGUUGGUAAGACUACACUCCAAGGUCCAAAAGUUUGGAUGAGUAAUUGCUUUCUCAGAUGGCCUGGGUUCUUUAAAUACAUUCAGGUAUUUUCUGACCAUUGGUAAUGUGUCCUUAAAUCAAAGACAAUCCCUUCAUGUGAAUUCAUGGCCUGAUUCAAACCACAGAGUGGAAAACAGGUCCCAGGAGUGAACAUUCCCAUCAAAGUAAACUUCUAUCUAGCAGGGACCAGGAGUCUCUCCUAAUGUUGCAUAAUCUUAGGGCAACUAAACUGUUCUCCUUUAAAUCAGGACUGCUUCUUGCAAGUGUUUGCCGUAGGACAGUGGAUUUGUUUGGCGCUGAUCUUUCCAAUUUAGGUAAUUUUACCCAAGAGCAGACUCUUGCAAAGUGGUCAGCUUCGCCUCUCUUGUGGGCCAGAUUGAGAUUCCAGUGGGCCUGGUUCAGCAGGAUCCUGGUCCUGGGCCAAAGAAGGCUCCUUUGAAUCUUCUCCAACACACACUGUGCUAUCUUUACAAGCGCUUAGUACAGUGCUCUGUACACAGUAAGCGCUCAAUAAAUACGAUUGAAUGAAUGAUUGCCUUUCCCUCUCUGACGUGGCUGGGGUGUCUCUUAGCUUUAGUAGUAAUUGUAUCACACUCCCUCCUAAAAUCAGGUGACCAUUCACAGCACAGCUCUGAAUCACCACCCACUUCUUUGUGUUUUUUCCAGAAUCUUCAAAAUACCAGACACCAGGCCCUGUAAUCUUAAUAGCUAUAGAAAAAAAAAGUUAAUUCUCUUAGAGAAUUGGGGAAGUCUAAUUUUACUGCAGCAGGUGUGAUUUGCAAAUUCUUGAAGGUCACCUUUCCACCCAGGAAGUUGUUUUAGGGGACUGAGUUUAGGUUUGUUGGCUAAAAACAGCCAAAAUGAAACCUUUGUCUUUUGGCAAAAGUAGACUCAGAAUUAAGAGGGCUGCUGGAGUUGCAGGAUCUGAUUUUUCCCUGAGAAAUCUCAAGCUGAUAAAAAAAACAGUAUUAGGAAGAAGAAAUUCAUUGUUCAUCUCCCAAAUUGCUUUGGUUUGGAAUGAUGAAAGAUUUUAAUGUGCAUCAUUGCUGAUUUGGGGCAGGAAGUUGAGCAAGAUAAUUCUUCUGUGGGUAUUCUGCAGUCUGUAACCUAGAAGACAAUGCAGAAGGUCCUUUGGUUUUCCACACAAAGCCACAAACAGUCCCCAGGGUGAAGGGCAAGGCUUUGCUGGUAGACUCUGACUAGUAGAAGAAACAUAGAUAUGAAUUCAGAAUGUGAACAGUAUUGUUUGAGUAUUUUGUUAGAGAUAGCCAACUGAAAUAUAAAGUAUCGUCAAGUUAGAAAUUAGUUGUGAAGAGUAACUUAGUUCAGUGUUACUCAUCAGGUUUCUGCAGUUUGGUGCUUGUUGGGAAUGGGCAAAUCUCAGAAAUAAUGAUUAGCUUCUCUACCCAGGACAUUUUGGUGACAGUGCUUUUUGAAGCCUCAGCCUGUAAUCUAGCUUUCUUGUUUUGUCUCAGAUAGGAUUUGUCAGCCCUUUGAUUUUGUUGAUGUGCAUUCAGUGUAAUGGCCUUAUUAGAAGAUGUGGCCUUGCUAAUAUCAUCCGAUGUUGUUUGGUUUUCCAAGUGAAUGUUUCUUUCGAACCAAUUUAUUGUUCUUAACAAUUCCUUCUAAUGCUAUACCUUAACAUCUUAGCUAACCAUUAAGGCAUUUCUUCUGAAACUCGCCACUGUUAUUCCCAAAUUGAAAACAUCAAAGGGAUUUCCUUUUCUUUCUUUUUUAUCCUUUUUUUUUUUCCUUUCCUGGAUGUGGUUAUAGAAACUCCUGGCCCCCUCUUCUCUUUCUGUGUGCCUGAGAAGGCAACAUUUAAAUUGUUACGGCAAGAUUGUCAAACAAAAAAUAUUCUGCUUAAAAAAAAAGAUUCCCCAUAUCUAGAACUUGUAGAUUUGUACUUUGCCAAAUGGCUUAGUACAGCCCUCUGCACACGCUCUGAAUAUUUCUUGUUCUUUCUCAAAUUCCUAACCCUAACUUCUAUACCUUCCUGUCUUGUGUUGAAGAUCCCCCAAAUUGAUGAGGAUAGGGACUUUGAUUUGCAUCAGGUAUACCGGCUUAUUCCACAUUUUUUGCCUUGUUUCUUCUCCCUGUGAUUACAAUGGUCAAUCAGUGGUAUUUGAGUGCUUACUGAGUGCAAACACGGUACUAAGUGCUUGGGAGAGUCGAAUAUAACAAGUUUGAUAGACACAUUCCCCGCCCAAUGGUCCUGCUCAUUAGACAGGAUGACUCAUUCCAGUUCAGGGUGCAGGGAGGGGAACAAUUCUGUCCUUUACCAGUGGGCUCUGGUGAUGCAGAAAAUCCAUUUUUCUGGUCUUCUCAUCAUCAAAACUAGCUGUUGCUUGAGGGAGAAGUCUGUUCUUUGGGUUUUAUGGGGAGAAAUGUCCUUGAGUCAUUAUAAGACCCGUGAUAACUCAAUGGUAUUUAUUGAGGGCUUACUGUGGGCAGAGCAUCGUACUAACCCCUUGGGAGAGUACACUACAACAGAGUUGUUAGACAUGCUCUAUGCCCUUGAGAAAUUCAACUUUGUCAUGCACCUAUACCAGUGAGUUUAGAAGACUGGGGCCAUAUGGACGGGUGACUUCAUCCUGAUGUAGUGCUAGAAGAAGCUUUUCUUUAUAGAACAUGGGGAUGGAGUGGGGUAGGGGAACAGGGAGGCCCUACCCUAUGCAUAACCCAAUGUGGAAUAGGAAGCCAAAAGAACUGGACUGAUUUCAACCCUCCAGGGCAGUCCACCGAGGCAAAAAAACUCUCAUGAACAAAGCAUGAAGCCAGGAGAUUGGUGAAAUAUUAUUUCAUGAAUAUUUACAUUUGAUCAUAAACCAAGAAAAAUUUAUAUUUGCUCCUCCUAGACCAAACAAAGCAUAGAAAUGUUACAUUUGAAACAGAUUGAAAUACACUUUUGACACUUUGUUCUUCCCCGGCUCUACAAUGAAUGAGCAUGGUACCCACGAGUCUCAUUUUUAAGAGGUGGCAAGCGUAAACUUGAGGGUCCUUGUGAGCUGUGCUCUGCAGGAUUCUUCCGGUUCAGGCGUGAUCUUUGGAGACAUGAAUACGUGAUUUGGUAUACCACUUUUUACUCUGCAAGGUCAGCUAAGAACAUGAAAGUCCCAGACAAACUUACUUUUCCAUUGCAUAAAAGGAAUAAAAUGCCAAAUGUCAUUACUUCAACGUAAUAACAUAGCAGGGGGCUUUGUGAUGACUGUAUAGUGCUGAGUAACAGCAGACCAUCUCCAUUGGGCAUACUACAGCCCACCCCCAGGGCCCAGUUGUAAUAGUUUAGAUGAGUGUGUACAUCAUUGCCCUUUACACAUCCAGCUGAAUUCUUCACUGAAAAAAUUGGGUCUGAUGGAAAGAUCUUUAUGGCCUUGCCCUUUGCCUCUGUUUUGUGUGAAACUGCUAAUGGAUUUCGGGGAAACAGGGUGGACGAUGACAAGGUGGGGAGAAGAGAAAGGAGUCUUUCAUCUGAAGGAGUCCUUCCCCAGCCAUGUGGGUUAGGAGUGCGUCAUUAAGGCCAACCCAGUGUCCUCUUUGGAUCUUUUACUGCCCUCACCUUCCAGGUGAAAUCCCAGAGCUUGGACCCAGGUUCUCCCACUCAACCCAUUGCACUUUGAGAGGGCAGGUGUUAUCAAUCCCCCACUAACUGCCAAAGGAGCGGUCUCAAGGCUCAGAGACAGAACUUGAAUCCUUAGGGCCAGCAGUUACACAAUUUAUUAGCUCAAAGCCUUCAUGCCCUGAAAUUUCCAAAAAUGCUUUUUUAAUGAUCGUGGUACCUUUUUUGUUGUUGCUGUUGAAAAGGCAAUGGAAUCCGGUCACUCUGACUGCAAGAAAUUAGGCUGUGGGAGUUUAGCCCCUGAAUGAUUUAAGUAGUUUGGGGGCUAAGAUGUUGGCAAUUUUUAAGGCUUUAUGAUCUAAACUGCUAAUGAAAAUUAAAGUUAUGAAGUUUCACAUAUUCUCCCUAUUAGAGGUGGGGAAGGAUCACAUGUGUUUUAAAACAUAGUGGAAGUAACUGACCCUCUCUCCUUAAGUUAUUUUAGAAUUAUGGGUGCAGUACUUGAUUCCAGUUGAGCUCUCAGUGAAAUAUUUCUCUUGAUUUGGUUAGGAGUUAUUUGAGUUUCCUUCUGUCCCUCCUCCAAAAAAGCAAGAAUCAAUGCAAGUAAACUUUUUAAUCAGCGUGCAAAGGUUGCAUAUACUGUGUAUCUCUGAUAAUUACAUAAUACCUGUUUUUAUGAUGCCAUAUGAAUUUCUUUGAAUCAACUUUGUUCUGUUUCUUUAGGAAAUACUGCUGCUUGCACGCUGUGUUAUAUUUGCACUGUUGUAGAUAUUAUAUAUAUAUAUGUAAAGUUAACAUUGUCUCUUUCAGGUCGCUUGUUACCUCUGUAGCUUGUACUCAUUGGAACAAUAUACCUGAACAACUUUAGGAUGUGGGGCAUUCUAACUACAUAUUAAAAAAAAAGAUGGUUCAUGCUUUGUAUAUUUCUGUAUAGUUAACUCCGGUAGAAGAUUUGUACGUGCACCUUUUCCAGAUUAGGGCUUUGUUUUCAGAAAAUAGACAUUUAUGAUAAUGUGACAGAAUCAAAUAAACAUUAUUAUUUUCAGA